AUGGCCCAUCUGGAAUGCGGGGUCCCCACCGCGCUGCUGCUGCUACUGCUGUAUCUGGGCGCUGCGCAACUGCCCCGGGGAGCUGCUCUGGGCAACCUCCCGGCUUGGGGCGCACGGUACCGGGCGUGGGGCGCAGCGGCCGCGCUCUCCUGGAUUCAUUCCUUCCUGGCUACUUCGCCCUGCCCUGUGCGCACGGAGAGGCCCAGGGGAGUGUCCUCGAGCUCUGAGCCCCCUAAUCUGGAUCUGGAACCCGGUUUGAACCGAAUUGGAAGCUGUAGGAGCAGAAACUUGGUUAACUCUUCCAAGGGCGCGCGCCUGGCUUUCCAGGACUUUACCUGGAUGUUCUUGGUGGAGAGAGGGGCACCCAGACGGGGUGCACCAAGAAGUGGUCCUUCAGGCCACCACACCAGCCACACUGAGGGCCUGGUGGUUGGAGCAGCUGCCAUGCAGGUCUGUUGUGCUGAAACCUUGGGGCUGGUCUCAUAUGGGGGCCUUGGUGAAGUUCUGGAAUCUGUCCUGAAAGGACGGAGAAGACUGGGAAAAAAUGAUAACAAAUCAUCCCAUCAAGUAUUUCAGGCCACUUCCUACAACCUAAUUCAUACCACUUCCUACAACCUUGUAAUUAGUUCGUUGCCUUCACUGGGGCUGCAAACAAGGGACAGGGACAUUGAGAAGGUGAAGCAACUCCACCUUAUCUUAAGGCCAGCCCAGAACAGAGCAGCAAAGCAGGUGCAGGCAGACUGGGUGGGGCGAGGAGCCAUUGAGGAGAUUGGUCAGGGCAAGCCAUUCCAAGGAGGUGACCUUUGUGCUGACACAGGAAUGGCACCAGAAGCCAGUUCUAGCUAUUCUCAUCAACCGGGGUUUCAACCACUGCCACUGAAGGCUUGUCACAUCAUUGUGUCCAGAAGAUACAACAGCAUGUGGACCAUCAAAUCCGGCGAAAAAGUCGUCUUUUCCUUUAGCUGCCAGAAUCCUAAGGAUUAUUUUGUCAUUGACAUCCAGAAGAAUUAUUGGUAAGAUUGCAUGUCAGGCCCAUGUCCUUUCGGGGAAGUGCAGCUUCAGCCCGCCACCUCAGCCUUGCCCACCCUCAACAGAACAUACAUCUGGGACGUGAAAGCUAACAAAAGAAUUGGCCUGGAACUACAGUUCUCCCUCCCUCGCCUGAGACAGAUUGGCCCUGGGGAGAGCUGCCUGGAUGGAGUCACCCACUCCAUCAGCGGCCACAUCGAUGCCACUACUGUCAAGAUUGGAACCUUCUGCAGCAAUGGCACUGUGUCCCGGAUCAAGAUGCAAGAGGGGGUGAAUAUGGCUUUGCACCUGCCCUGGUCCCUCGACAGAAAUGUCUCUGGCUUCAGCAUUGCAAACCGGUCGUCGAUCAAACGACUAUGCAUCAUCGAAUCUGUAUUUGAGGGUGAAGGCUCAGCAACGCUGAUGUCUGCCAACUACCCACAAGGCUUCCCAGAGGAUGAGCUCAUGACAUGGCAGUUCAUCGUCCCUACACACCUUCGAGCCAGCGUCUACUUCCUCCAGUUCAAUGUGUCCAACUGCGAGAAGAAGGAGGAGCGGGUGGAAUAUUACAAACCCGGCUCCAACAACCCGGAGGUGUUGAAGCUACAGGACAAGCAGCCUGUGGACAUGGCGGGGAACUUCAACCUCUCUUUGCAGGGCUGUGACCAGGACGCCCAGAAUCCAGGAGUCCUCCGGCUACAGUUCCAGGUUUUGGUGCAACGCCCACAAAACGAAAGCAAUCAGACCUACCUGGUCGACCUGAGCAAUGAGCGAACCUUGUCGGUCACCAUCGAGCCUCGACCUCUACCUCGACCUCUCAGACUAAACUACAAGCCUGAGCAAGACUGCUUGGUGUGUCUGGAGUCCUGGGACUGUUAUCACAACAUCACUUUCACCCCUGGCUCAAAACAGAAGAUCUUCUUCCUGUGCAAUAACCUGACCCGCCUAUGGAUGAAUGCUGAGAUGACUCUAAGCUGCUUGGAACCCCGGCACUGUUACCGGAAGAGGCCCUUCCCGCUCCAGAUGCCUGAGAACAUCCUUCAGCUGCCUGUACAGCUGCACGACUUCUCCUGGAAGUUGCUGGUGCCUGAGAAUAGUCUCAGCCUGGCACUAGCACCAGUCCAGAAGCUGCAACAGAACACAUACGAGCGGCCCUGCAACACCAGUUUCAGCUACCUCGUGGCCAGUGCCAUCCCUGGCCAGAACCAGCACUUGGGCACCUUUUGCUCCGGAGGCUCCAUCGAGCGAAUCCAGGUGAAACAGAACAUCUCAGUGACUCUCCGCACCUUCGGCCCCAACUUCAAACAAGAAGCCUCCAGGCAAACCCUGUUUGUGUCCUAUAUCCCAUACCUCAAAGAGGAAAGUAUCUUCACGGUGACCCCAGAUUCAAAAAGCAAGGUCUACUUGAGGACCCCUAACUGGGAUUGGGGCAUGCCACCCUUGACCUCUGUGUCCUGGAACAUCAGCGUGCCCAAAGACCAGCAGGCCUGCCUGACAUUCCUCAAGGAGCGCAGCAAGGUGGUGUGCCAGUCAAAACGUGCUUUGAUGAUCAUCCAGGAGCAGCAGACCCAUGUUGAGGAGAUCCUCAACCUGGAGGAAGAUGCACUCCCCAAGCCGAGCUUCUAUCGCCACAGCUUCUGGGUCAACAUUUCCAACUGCAGCCCCAUGAGUGGCAAACAGUUGGACCUGCAUUUCUGGGUGACACUCACCCCGAGAACCUUGGAUCCGACAAUUAUCAUCAUUGCUGUGGUGGGUGGCGCUUUUCUGCUGUUUGCCUUCGGACUCAUCAUUUGCUGUGUGAAAAAGAAAAAAAAGGAGAUAAACAAGGGCCCAGCUAUCGGAGUCUACAAUGGCCAUGUCAACACCCAGAUGCCAAUGCAGCCCCAAAAGUUUCAUAAAGGACGAAAGGACAAUGAAUCCCACGUGUACGCGGUCAUCGAGGACACUAUGGUGUAUGGUCACCUACUCCAGGAGUCCAACGGCUCCUUUCACCAGCCAGAAGUGGAUACCUACCAGCCCUUCCAAGGCCCCACCGGGGAUUGCCCUCCCUCCCCACCCCUCACACUCUCCAGGACCCCAACUAAAAGGCUGACCUCAGAUGAGCCACCCCCUGACUUUGAGAGUGAUCCUUAUACCUUUUCUCACCCCAAGAAUGAGGAAGUAAGCUUGGGAACCACGCAUGUUCCUUUGCUGGAUACCCAGGGAUCUGAGGAGCCUGUUCAAUAA